AUGUCUAGAGUGUGGCAAACAUCGAUGUCUGAAACUUGCGAUGCGAUGCCGGCACCGGAGGGAGACGUGACGGCACAGGACACCUACGGCUGCCCUCUCGAUAGUAAGUGCAAAAAGCACUGCCAGGGCCUCGGCUUUAAGGAUGGCAAGUGUGAGGGCGCCACACAUUUGACCUGUCAUUGUAUCGGUUAAUCUGGUUUUAAAUAUGGUUGAAACUAAUU